GACGCAACAGAAGAAGACGACGUAGAAGUGAAAGAAGAAGCAGACGAAGAAGAGAAAAACACGAGUGGAGGAGGAGCCGUCAGUGAGCGCAUCACUAUUUUUCCUGUUUGGGCCCCUGGUGAACUCAAGCUGCUGAUGUCAUAGGCCUGAAGAUGGCUUCUGCCAGCCUGAUGGACCAGUCGCUCCAUCUAACUAUUAGGCUACAACAGGAGGAAGAGGAGAAACAAGAAGAAGAAAACAUUUGUUCAACUGACCAUGAUAGUAGAGCAGUUGAUAAAAAAGGCAGUGUCGAUGAUGGCUCAGGCAAAACAGGAAGUCCCCAAACAGCACACGCUACUAGCAAGGGUGGUGGUGUCACAUUAGAUUCUCAAGCACGAGGCCAAGACCAGAGGGAGUGCAUCAGUCCAACGCUCAUAAUGGAAGUUAUAACUGCGGAGGAAGAGGAAACAAGGAAGGGAGGAAAAGAAAAAGAGAGGGAGCUGACAAUGUCAAAUGUUUCUUCCACCUGUCAAGCGCUAAAGCGACGUAGUAGAGGGAAGAAUGUUCCAGAGGUAUCUGUACUACCACUAGACCUCCCUGAGGAAGAGAGAGAAGUUCUGACAACUCCAGUGAAAAGGCGAACCCAAAGAAAGAGAGCUCUACCUACUGCAUUGUCCUCCUCAGAAGAAUUGAAUUCAAAGACACUACUUCCCUUUCCAGAAAAGAGAAGUAACAGAAAGAGAAAACCUACCCUUCCGUUUGUUGUGGAAGAAAAAGCCAGCAAUAGGGUUCCUUCCAUUUCUGUGAAGAGGGGCCCUGGCAGAAAGUUAACUCCUAUCCCAGUGAAAAUACCCCCUGAGCUGCUGAAGAUGGCUAAGGAGAAGCUAGACUACCACUGUUCAGUGUGUGGCAAAGACUUCCCUCAUGUGUAUAAACUCAAGAGGCAUGAACUGACCCAUACGGGAGAGAAACCGUACUGUUGCUCUAUCUGUGGAAGGGGCUUCAACCAGAAAGGAAAUCUCAAAACGCACUACAAGGUUCACACAGGACUUAAAGGUAUUGAGGAUUGGGCUGACGAGAUGAAUCCCAUGUCAUCAAGGCCUCCACAAUACCCUGAGAUGCUGCCCAAUGAAUCCAGGACUGAGUCAUCUGUACGCUGCCUGGAAUGUGGGGCCAACUAUGAUAGUCUUUCAGCCUUACAAGCACACCACAUUACAACACAUACACACACAAUGGCAGAUGCAAACCCAGUUGUACAGUCUGAAUUACAGCUGCACUUCUGUCAUCGGUGCAGCGUUAUGUUCACUGGCAAAGAACAGCUAGAGGAGCAUAUGAAGAGUCAUGUCAAGGAGAAACCCUAUUCCUGUCCAGACUGUGGCAAGAAGUUCAUCAAUGAGCGAUACGUACAAGUUCACCAGCGCAUCCAUACAGGAGAGAAACCAUUCCUCUGCUCCCACUGUGGCAAAGGGUACCACACAGCCUCAUCUCUCAAGCUGCAUGAGAUGCAACAUUCAGGAGAGAGACCCUUCGCCUGUUCCCUCUGUGAAAAGACAUUUCGCAUUAACUCCUCCUUAAUGGCACAUUAUCAGACCCAUAUUAAAGAGAGACCUUUCCUUUGUAGUGUCUGUGGGAAAGGGUAUACCAGGGCGGAAGAGCUGAAAGUGCACUACAGAAUUCACACUGGAGAAAGGCCCUAUCAAUGUGGAGAAUGUGGGAAAAGCUUCAUCUAUCGCCAGGGUCUAAGACAGCAUCAGCGCACCCAUACUGGAAGGCGCAUAGGGCCCACUAGACAGCUCGGUAGACCCAAGAAACAACCCAGGCUUGAAAAUUGACAAUUGCUGUUAAUUUUGCAACCAACUGGUCUUUUUGUAAUCCAUGUACUUAUCUGUAAUGUCUAUCUGCCCCAGUCUAAAUCAAUCCAAUAUUUGCUCUUAUGCCCGGUUGCUUCUGCCCAGAGGCACCAGUUCAUGAAAAGAAGAACUACCACUUGUGUCAGCGUGGGUUAUUAAAGGCAGAUUGAAAGAUUACUCUUUGUUCUAUUAAUGUUCAUGUAUUUACCAUUUUCUGAAAGCCCAUAUGCACAGUUUUAGUGCCUUUAUACCCUGCAUGCCAGAUGUUAGUGGACAUUGUUUCCAAUCAAGUGCAGUAUUUUUGUUAAAAUCAGUAUUGGUGGAAUAGAGGAGUUUUACAGAUGUGUCUUGCUUUUUCUCCCAUCAUAUAGUUUCAAGUGUUGAGCUAUACCCAUUACACUCCCAAUCAUCUCAGUCACUGUACUUCAACAAACUGGUGGUAGAAUUGUUGUGUAGUAGCACUUAACUGUAAUACUGUUCUCUUAACAGUGAAUCAUAAGGCAGUUAUUUAUUGUUGGAGUGGUUUGAUGUAUAUUGCAGGGGAGCUGGUUCAUAAUAGAUUCCCAUGCAGAUGUGAACAAUCUAAUGUGGGUCAAAUAACCGUAACUGGAUGAUAUCAUCUCCAGCGUUUUGAGACAGAUUAGCCAUGAGAGCUGAUUAAAAGAGGGUUAUUUUCAGCAUUGGGAAUUCACAGAUUUUGGUUGCCAUCUUGUCAGAGAGGCUGAACCUGUGCAGUGUUUGAGGGGAAAAAUUGUUCCAUUUGCAAGGAUAAAUCAGGAACCGGGAUUCAGGAACGCUUUUAUAUUUGUCUUUAUUAUUAUAAAUCAGCCUGUGGCUUUAUAGGUUACAAAUGAUGUAAUUUACUGGAGAAUUUACAAUGAGAAACUAAGCCCUUACAACUAUAGCCUAAUCCCAAAUUAUUUGUUUGUAAACUAUCGGAGCAAAUUUAAGAACGGACAAUCCAUGAUGAGAAUCAACAAGAAAUGCUUACCCAUCAGUGAAUAUACAUAAUUUUCACACAAGCUGUAGUUGUGAUAGCAUGUUUUGUUCUGACACCUGAUGUUGCAGAGAAUUGAUCUGUCCUUUCCAAACUCAUUUCUGUUUAAACUUGUAAAAAAAAAUCAGAGAAUGCCAGUUCCCCAAGGUAGGUAAAGUACAAUUCUAUAACAAUGUAAACAUAGCUCACAUCCACGUGUAAUGACUUUUCUGUUAUGUUCUAGAUUUUUUUUUUCCCCUGCGUUUCAUUCUGUGGUUCAUUUUCAGCUUUUUUUUUGUUGCAUAUUUUAGUUAAAAUGCUGUCUGA